AUAAUCAAAUUGCACAAAGUAAAACUGGCAACUUGGAUAGCAACCGCGAUUGUAUUGCGUCAGACCAUAAGAAUUUUAUUCCGUAGCUGACCAAGUGAAUUCGUCUUAAACCAGACGCUGGGAGGAAAAUGAAUGCAAUACAAUAUUCAGUGAUUAACGAUCUUCAGAUACAGUAUGGUAAAAGUUUCGCCCUGUCAGCCAAGAUACAAUCAGGAGACAAAGUCCUUGAUAUGGGAUGCGGAACAGGUGAACUUACUUCAUUCCUUGCGGAGACAACUGGUAUAAAAGAAGGUUUAGUAGUUGGUGUUGAUCCAGACGUUGAGAGAAUUAAAGUUGCAAUUCAGAAACAUUCUGGUACCCAGGAAAGUAUCGUAUUUCAACCUGGCGACAGUUCGAGUCAAUUUCCUCACUUCAAUGAACAAUAUUACGAUAUACAUUUCAGUAAUUUCGUAUUUCAGUGGCUGAACGAUGAAGAAAAGCAAAUCUUUGCCCAAACUGCUUUCAAAUGUUUGAGACCAGGAGGCAAGAUUGCGAUUCAAAGUCAAGAAGAUGACGCCGACAUUGUCAAAAAAGCUGUUGAUCUAUUCUUUGAAGAUAAAGAAAAGGCGAACCCGCAAGUACCGGUUUAUUACGUUAAGAAAUCUGACGCUGAGGCGCUGCUUCGGAAAUCAGGUUUUGUUGUUGUCACCAGUGAAUAUUAUCAACGUUCAUACACAUUCCCAAGUGCAGACGAGUUUUUCUCAUUUUUUUGUGCCUCGGAUUAUUAUGAUGCAACAAGCAUUUCAUCCAUUAAUAAGACCAAGUUUUUUGACCAGAUCGUCAACCCUGAUAAAACAGUAACCGUUUUUGCCCCAAAUGUUUACCAAAUAAUCGCUGAAAAGAUGUCGUGA